AUGCUCUCGAGAGCAAUCAAGAUUGACAGAUUUUGGGCUAAAGCUAUGUCAGAGAGUAAGAGCGUGAUUGGCACUUUAUCUUCAACAAAUGUCACGGAGAAUUCUACAGAUGACUUUAACCAAGUACUACAAAAGGAAAUAAAAGUAGCAAAAGAAGAGCAGCGUAAUAAAUUCAAAAGGAAAAAAAUCAAGAAAAGAUCUACUGAGGAAUUUCGUGAUGAGUCUGGCUUCAAGAUACGAUCAGUCGACAUUAAUCGUCAAAAAAAUAAACAAAUUGAUCCGGACUAUGAGGUUAUCAUUGAUGGGCCUCUGAGGAAAAUAAUACCGUAUUAUUUCACGUAUAAAACGUUCUGUAAGCUGAGAUGGAGAGACAGAAAUCUUUACGAGGUAUUCAUUGAUGAGUUCAGAGAUCGGGAGAGUGCUUAUUACAAGAAGACCAUUGCUAGUGGUUCAGUAUUCCUCAAUGAUAAGCCUGCAAACCUUGAUAGUAUUAUCAGGAAUGGGGAUCUCAUCACUCAUAAAGUACAUCGCCAUGAGCCCCCUGUGACAUCGAGACCCAUAAAAGUAGUAUUUGAAAGUGAUGACCUUCUAGUCAUUGACAAGCCAUGUGGAAUUCCAGUACACCCAACAGGACGUUUUAGAUUUAACAGUAUCACCAAAAUACUUGAGAAGCAGCUAAAAAGAACAGUCCAUCCAUGCAACAGGCUAGACAGAUUAACAAGUGGUCUAAUGUUCAUGGCAAAAACUCCCCAGGGCGCUGACGAAAUGGCUGACCAAUUGAAAUGUAGAGAAGUUACAAAAGAGUACGCCGCAAGGGUCAUUGGCGAAUUUCCCUUGGGAGAAAUUGUUGUGGAUAUGCCACUCAAAUCAGUUGAACCAAAGCUCGGUUUAAAUGCAGUUUGCGACAUGAGUGACGAGAGUGCCAAACAUGCAAAAACAGUUUUCCAGCGGCUAAGUUAUGAUGGCGAAACGAGUGUUGUCAAAUGUAAGCCUUUGACAGGAAGAACUCACCAAAUAAGAGUUCAUUUACAGUAUUUGGGUCAUCCAAUCGCAAAUGAUCCUCUUUAUUCUAAUGCGAACGCAUGGGGCCCAAAUCUGGGAAAACAUGGUCAGGCCGACAUGAAGCAGGUGAUGACUGAGCUCAACGAAGUUGGCAGAACAAAACCAGCCUCUAGUUGGUUGAAACCUGAUUCAAAAGGUGAAGUGUUGCUCGGUGAAAAGUGCAAAGAGUGUGAUACCGAUCUCUACACUGAUCCUGGUCCAAAUGAUCUAGAUCUAUGGCUUCAUGCAUAUAGGUAUGAGUCGACCGAGAUAAACCCAGAUACAAAUGAUUUAAAGUGGAGUUACCGUACUGAGCUUCCAGAGUGGGCAUUAGACUCCCACAAAAAAUAUAUGGAAUUGGCAAUCAAAGAAGCAGCCAAAUGCGGCCCCACAACGACUGCUUUCAGUGUUGGUGCAGUGCUUGUGAGUGGGACUGAAAUAUUAUCUACAGGGUACUCUAGAGAGUUACCGGGCAAUACCCACGCUGAACAAUGCGCUCUUGAUAAAUAUGCUGAAAAGACCGGAGGUAAAGAUUUGCCUGAGGGAACGGUAAUUUACACUACUAUGGAACCGUGUUCAUUCAGGCUAAGUGGUAACCUGCCAUGCGUACAAAGAAUAAUAAAUACCAAAAAGAUAAAAACAGUAUUCGUUGGCGUUGUGGAGCCUGACACUUUUGUUAAAGACAACACUAGUUCAGCUAUUCUUCAAGCGCAUAAUAUUGACUAUUUUCAACUGCCAGGCUAUGAAGAUUUAAUCACCGCAAUUGCAUUCAAAGGACAUGAAGAUAAGACUGGUUGA